AAUUAUAGGAUGAUAUUAGUGCAAAAUCAUGAAGCAACAACAUUCAUUUUAAUAAUAAAGGAAAAUGUAAUUACUGGUAAUGAAAUCCACAUACACAGUUUUGGAGAUUAUGCAGAGGGAUACAUACAUAAAACAACCAAUCAAAGCAUGAAAUUUGUAGAUAAAUGGAAUUGAGUUUUAUCUGUAUUAGGUUUAAAUUCGAAAAUGAUUAGUAUUUAAUAUUUAUUUUACUGUCAGUUAUGUUAGUACAAACUAACUUUUGACAAAUUUAACUACAGCUAGUAAUGAUAGCAUUGAAGAAUCCAAUUGGCGAUUGGUAAAACACUGGAUGAGGGGGAGAUUGUUUCCAUGACAAUGAAUUUGCCGAUCGCUUAUGCAAAUUUUUUUGGCGAUGUUUUUGUCGUCACAACAGAAUUGAUUUAAAGGCAUCGUUGAUAGAAGCGAUCCGAAGACAUUAUAGUUUUGAAUGAGAUAAACGCAAAUCAAGAAUAUUUGAAUGCUCAUCUGUGUAGACCAAUCAAAUUAUAGAUAGAAACAAUAUGUCGUAGUAAAAGUAGUCAAAGUAAUGAGCAAUAUACCUCACGACAUAUAAGUAAGUCUCAACACUUAUAUAUCGAAGUCUAGAGAAAACAGUUAAAAAAUUGAGUUGUGACUAGUUGUGAAAGAUCAACAGAAAAGACAAGAUUUUCGUUCUGCGCAUGCGUGGCAUGCUCCGAUGAAGACAGAGACACUCUACUCAUCUUUGUCUAUCUCGCAAGAACACACUUUGUUGAUCGUUCAUGUUGAUCUUUCAUGACCGAGCGCAACUCAAUUUUUGGACGAUUUUCCUUACCAAGUGUCGAAAUCUGUUUAUGUGGUCGUCGCAUAUCCUAAAAAUACUCAGUUUCAUAUAGUUUUAACUUUUAAACCAUUGGAUUCGUCAUUUUCGCCUUAAAACUUGUAUUUUCGGGUUCUAUACGUCGAAAAUUACAAAAUUGUAAAAAAGACAGUCAAUAAUUUUUUCUCCUAAAGUAAAGUUUAACCAAAAAAUGAAUUAGUAUAAAAAAUGUAAUAAUACAUUGGAAACAUAAAGUAAUAUUCAUACAAAUUACAUAAUGCCAAUUUUAAUUAUUUCUUAGUAUUACUGUUUAUGUAAUUUAAAAGUGAAUUUGUUUUAUUAGUGUACAUAAAUGCUGCCAUCUUAACUGUUUCCAUGGAAACCAUGAAAACAAACUUUUAUACAAAAAUCAUGGAAAUGAUUUCGUAAAAUUAAGUGUAAAAUAGAACUUUUUGUGUGUAUCUAUGUGUAUAUAGAACAAUAAACAAUGCAAGCUUCUCCUACUUGGGUUGAUAAAGUCCAAGAUAAAUCUGAACAAUGUAUAUAUGAUCUAUGUUUUAAUCCAGAUGGAACUCAGUUAGUUAUUGCUGCUGGACAACAAGUUCUUGUUUAUGAAACUAAUGAAGGUACUUUAAUUCAACCAUUAAAAGGGCAUAAAGAUAUAGUUUAUUGUGUAUGUUAUGCAAGAGAUGGCAAAAAGUUUGCAUCAGGUAGUGCUGAUAAAAGUGUUAUUAUUUGGACAUCAAGAUUAGAAGGCGUACUUAAAUAUUCACAUAAUGAAGCUCUUCAAGCUAUGCAGUUCAAUCCAGUAUCACAUCAACUUUUAAGUUGUUCUUUGUCAGACAUAGCACUCUGGUCUCCAGAACAGAAAGCAGUUGUAAAGCAUAAAUCAAGAGGGAGAGUAAAUUGUUGUGCUUGGACGAACGAUGGUCAAUAUUUAGCUAUUGGCUUGGCAUCUGGCUAUGUCUCUAUUAGAAAUAAAAAUGGAGAAGAGCAAAUACGAAUUGAUAGACAAAAUGGAAUACCUAUUUGGAGCUUGUUGUGGAAUCGUCAAUGGGAAGAUUUAGCAGAAGUUCUCUGUAUUGCAGAAUGGAAUGGAACGCUAUCGUUUUAUUCAAUUUCAGGAAAAUCAUUGGGGAAAGAUAGACAACUCAAUUUUAUGCCACUUAAAAUGUGUAAUUUUGCAGGAGAUCAAUAUAUUUUAAUUUCUGGAAGUAAUAGACAGUGUUUAUUAAUGACAUAUGAUGGGAUACAAUUGAUUAACAUUGGUGGUACAUUUUCCUCUUGGGUUUGGAGUUGUGCUGUACAUCCAAGUUCUACACAUGUUGCAUUAGGUUGUCAAGAUGGUACAAUAACAUAUUUGCAGUUAUCUUGGGAUGUUAUACAUGGAUUAUAUGGAGAUAGAUAUGCAUAUAGAGAAAAUAUGACUGAUGUAAUAAUACAAAAUUUAAUUACUAAUCAAAAAGUUCGCAUUAAGUGCAAAGAUUUGAUAUAUCGUAUUGCUGUGUAUAGAAACAGAUUAGCAGUUCAAUUAUCGGAACGUGUAAUAAUUUAUGAACCAUCAAAUUCCAAUGAUGGAAUGCAUUAUCGAAUAUAUGAAAAAUUAAAUCAAACAUUAAAUUGUAAUUUACUUGUUGUCACUACGAACAACUUAAUUUUAUGUACAGAAAGACAAUUACAAAGUCUAUCUUUCAAUGGUACAAUAGAAAGAGAAUGGAUACUUGAUGGACUUAUAACUUAUAUAAAAGUUGUUGGCGGACCAAUUGGACAAGAAUGCCUUAUUAUAGGUUUAAAUACUGGCUAUGUAGUGAAAAUAUAUUUAGAUAAUCCUUUCCCAGCAUAUAUAAUAAAAAUUGAGGGUUCUGUAAGAUGCCUCGACAUCAGUUCAUUAAAGGAAAAGAUUGCUGUUGUUAGUGAUCAUGGAGUCCUUUCAGUAUUUGAUUUAUAUACAGAGGAAAAACUGCAAGAAUUUCAAAAUGUAAAUAGUGUGACAUUUAAUAAUAGUUUUGAAGAUAUAAUGUGUUUUUCUAGUGGAGAAUAUUUAGCAAUUAAAGUAGGCGAUUUUGCGGAAUAUAGACAAAAAUUUUCGGGACUUGUCAUGGGUCACAAUGAAUCAAAAGUGUAUUGUUUAAAUGGUUCUUCUAUUGUCACGUUAGAGGUACCCUUAUCAUUGUUUAUGUAUCAAUAUAUUGAUAUUGGUCUUUUUUCUAAUGCUUACAACAUGGCAUGUCUUGGAGUAGCAGAUUCUGACUGGUUUGCUUUAGGAACAGCGGCUUUAGAAAAUUUGGAAUUAAAUAUUGCAUACUCUUCCUUCGCUAGAAUAAAAAAUUUAAAAUAUAUAGAAGUUUUAUCUGAAGUGGAAGAAAAACUUAAAUCUGGAGAAUGGGGAAGAGAAGCAUGCAUGGCUACUGCUGCAGCUGCUAUGGGAAAACUGAAAGAUGCUGCAAAACUUUUCCAAAAAGCUGGUUUACAACAAUAUGCAUUAACUAUGUACUCCGAUCUACGUAUGUUUGAUAUUGCACAAGAAUUUAUUGUUAAUGGAAAUAAUCAGGAUCGUACAAUUCUACUUCGUAAACGAGCAGAAUGGGCUAAAAGUCUUGGAGAACCUCGUGCUGCAGCAGAAAUGUUUCUUUCUGCUGGAGAUGUUGAUCGCGCCAUAAAUAUAAUCGCAGAGUAUGGCUGGAUUGACAUGUUAAUUAAAGUUGGCAGACAACUUGAUAAAGCAGAUAGAGACAAUUUAACUGUAAUUGCUAGAAAAUUAAAAAAGUUGGGUGCAACUCAUGGUGCAGCAGAAAUUUUUAAUCGCUUAGGAGAUGAUCCUGAUGUAGCGGAUGUUUUAGUAGAAGCUCAAGCUUGGCCAGAAGCAUUUGAAUUAGCUGAGAGAAAUCCUAAACUGAAAAGUAGAAUAUAUGGACCAUAUGCUAGAUGGUUGGCAGAAACUGGCCAUUUUUCUGAAGCACAAAAGGCAUUUCAAAUAGCUGGACAAUCAGAUGAAUCUGUGAUGGUUUUAAUAAUGUUGGCUAGAAAUGCAGUUACUGAAAAAAGAUUUCGUGAUGCAUCUUACUUUUAUUGGCUUCUUUCUCAAAUCAGCUUAAAUCUUAAUAGAACUGUGGAUGAAUUACAAACAAUGUUUCUCCAAUAUUAUGAAAAGGCUGAAAUCUAUUACGCAUAUCACGAAGUACAUAAAUAUGUAGAAGAACCAUUUACAUCAUUAAUGCCAGAAGCUCUUUUUAACAUUGCGCGAUUUCUUCUAACUAAAACAGAAAAUAUUCAAAUAGAAGGAGUUUCAAGAUUCACCAUAAUAUACACAUUGUUAAAACAAGCUUCUUUGCUUGAUGCUAAUAAACUAACUAUGCAAUUACUUGAGAAAUUACGAAAAACAAAAAUUCCAGUAAAUCAACUUAGCCAAUUAGAAAUUUCAAAUUUAAAUGCUCGAGCAUCUUCUUAUAGAGAUCCUGAAGAACUUUUACCUCUUUGCUAUAAAUGUUCGACCUUUAAUCCCCUGUUACCAUCAAAUAAUCAGGGGCAAUGUGUGCAAUGUGGUCUAAAAUUUCAAUAUUCUUUUGUAAUGUUUGAAAUUUUACCAUUGGUCGAAUUUGAACUAGAAGAAAAUAUUUCUGAUGAAGAAGCAGAAAAAUUAAUAAAUAACUCAUUACCAUCCGAUGAUAUUACAACUACAAAUCAAUUUUCUGUCACCUCUGAAAUUGAUCUUUUUACAGCACGGUUAAUGAAAUACGAGGAAAAAUCUAGUUCUUCUACUAUAAUUGUGGGAAGAAAUGUCUUAAAAAAUAUGGAUCCAUGUACAGUAUUAAUUAUUAAAUGGCCAAAACCAUUUAAAACAAAGUAUUUUAAAAAUCUCUUACCUGAUUUACAAAUUACAUUUUGUAAGUCUUGUUUAAAGUUAUUUCAUUCGGAUGACUAUGAACUGGCUUUAUUAAGACACGGAUAUUGUCCAUUUUGCAGAACAGUAAAUAAAAUUUCCAAUUAGUGCUUUUUAUUAAUUUAGAUACGUUUAUAUAAGUACAAUAUUAUUUUUACUGUAAUAAAUUAUUACCAUUAUAAAUUAAAUUUAACUUAAGUUAAA